CAAGACAACAUCGACUAUGAAGAUGGGUUUGACAGCCCGAGCGAUGAGUUGGCCCGUCAAGUGCGCGAAGUGAGUGAGAUGGAGCGACUGAAUUCGACUCCUCGGCUCGAGAUCGCUACGCACCGGCCGCUCGUGCAGAUCAAGAAAUUCUCAGGGGCCCGCAAUCGGAGCGAAAACUUUAUGCAGUGGCUCCGAGCUUUCGUCUACGAGAUGAAGGGAACGCACACUCCACCAAACGAGUGGUGCAUGGCUUUCGAGCUGAGCCUUCGGCACGGUGCCCUUCACUGGUACCGUCAACUCCCGAAGAGGACUAAGCGUCAGUGGAAGCGACUGAGCGAUGCGUUUAUCAAGUAUUACUGCUCGCAGUUUAGCCAGUCUGCGAAGACUCGCUACUACUCUGCGAAGCGCGAGUCCUCUGAACACCUUUGUGACUACCUCAAC